CCUCACUCUUCACCUUCACCGACACGAUACACACCUCCUUUAAGCCUCGGCGUAUCAUGACCAGCAGCAUUAAGACGUUCACUGUGGGUUAUAAUCCCAUUAACAAAAGCAAUGUUUUCCGCAGCGGUGACACCGUCACCGGACAGAUCUUGGUAGAAACGAGUAAAGAAUGCACCGUGAGCUCACUCUGGGUCAAGCUGAAGGGGAAGGCUACUGUGAAAUGGACCGAGACUUACGGGAGAACAGUGGUGACGUACUACGACAAGGAGAAAUACUUCAGCAUCAAGACAGAGGUCAUUCACGAGGGACGAGGUAACAACAUCCUUCGUGCAGGCAACAAUGUCUUUCCAUUCACCUUUCAGAUCCCUGCACAAGAUUUGCCGCCUUCCUUCAAGGGCUCUUGUGGGAAAAUCAAGUACACACUGAAAGCAAACCUGAGCCGGUCGAUGAGAACUGACAGCAAAGCGAAGGCUGUGUUAACUGUGGUCCAUCAAGCCAGCCUGAACAGUGACCCGAUACUGAUGAGUCCACAGCAUGAAAGCACCAGUAAGAAAAUGAAGUUAUUCUCUUCAGGAAACGUCAGCCUGGAUGUCAAGCUGGAGCGAACCGGCUACAUUCAAGGUCAGGGCAUCAUGGUUGUAGCUACCAUUGAAAACAAGACUUCCCGGGAUAUCAGGCCAAAGUAUUGUCUGUACAAGAAGUACAGCUACUUUGCCAAAGGGAACAGACGAGUUGAAACAAAAGACAUUGUGAAGGAGGUGGGUGAAACCAUUUCCCCUCUUAGUUAUCAGACCGUCUCCAAGGUCAUUACCAUCCCACCAGACACAUGCGUGUCUAUCCAAAACUGCAAAAUCCUCAAAGCAGAGUACCGCCUCAGGGUCUACUUGGAUGUCAAAUACGCUUCAGACCCAGAGAUCAAGUUUCCAAUUUCCAUUCUGCCAGUUGUGCCGACAUCUGAUGAGAUGGCAGCUCCUCCUCCUGCCUAUGGAUUUGAUGCGUUCUCACAAACAAAUUUCGGGGGGAACGUGUUACCCCCCGCUCCCAUGUACGACAGUCCAUAUGCUCUCCCACCUGCAUACACUCCCUACAGCACGUACCCUUCCCUGGCCGAUUUCAACGAAAAAUCUUAAAGUCAGCAAUAUUGACUAUAAAUAUGCUUUGAGUUGUGAAUUUAAUAUGCCAAUACAGUGGUACCUCGGUUUUUGAACGUCCUGGAAUUCAAACAGAUCGGAGUUCGAACAAAAAUUUUGAGAUUUUUUUGUUUCGAAUUUCGAACGAAAAUCCAGAACUUGAACGCCCCUGAAAAAAUCUGGAAAAACCAUAAUGUGCGUGGACCGAUCAGCUGACCCAUGACGCGCUUUGUUAUUGUGUAUAACACAGCCUCUGUAUGCAGACGUGUCCCGUUAGCUACAUUUACUGACUGUUUUUUCUUCAUAUUGAGGUGUAAAACCUUUCCUGUCUCCACACUGGACCGUGGUAGAGUGUCACAGGGGAGGUGCUCGCUCUCCACACCUCCGAGGCUGGAGCGCUCACUCCAAGGUUUGAUGUUCUGUUGUCAGCUGGAGCUCAGACAGGGAUGAGGCGAGUCUGGGACAGAGCGUGACUUGGUUUAUGACUUUGUCACAGCCAAACUGCACAGAAGCGCACAUUCAGAGCUGGACACGCACCGGGCACCUCUUCACUUCUGGAGAGAUGUCACUCAUUCAGCAACCCCUCCCACAUGCAGCGGCCACACACAUGGACGAACAGCGCACCUGCAGCAGACACUCUACAUUCACUCCUACAAAAGACUAUUUUAAGGCUUGGAACGCAUUAUUUCUUUUUCCAUUCAUUGUAAUGGGAAAAAUCGAUUCAGAUUUCGAACAAAUCGCUUCUCGAACGGCUGUCUGGAAUGGAUUGUGGUUGAGAACCGAGGUACCACUGUAUUUCAGUAUAUCAUAGAUCAGUAUUAAUAUUAAUAUAUUAGUAGAGAAAGCAGAGCACACUGCAAAACAGGAAAAUUCAGGAGCAGAUCUAUAAAAACAUCUUCCUG